AUGUCUCCAUCUGCACUAGAACAGUCAAAUGCAACUUCAUUAGUUCGAAGGGCAACAGAUAUUUUACAUGUUUUGAGGGAUAAGAUAGCACUACUACCUGGAUCUAGAGAUCGUCAUGAUCAUCCAAUUAUUAUAAUUCCAAGUAAAGAUGCAUCAUAUAUUUUAAAUGGAGAUGAUGUUAGAAAUGUUUUAUUUUAUUUACAUUCAGUUACUUCAGCUUCAUCAAAAAAUAAUGGUUUUAUAUUUAUUAUCGAUACAAGGAAAGGAGUGAAAUCUGAGAAUGUAAAAUUAGUAUUAAAAGUUAUUCAAGAUCAUUUUCCAGGACUGGUAUAUGAAGUAUUUAUUAUAAGAUCAGAUAGUUUUUGGGAAAAACAAAAAUCAACGGGAAAGUAUAAAUUUAAAGUACAAAAAUUAUCAGUAGAAGAGUUAACUAAAUAUAUUGAUGCAUCACAAUUACCAACAGAAAUUGGAGGUUUUAUGAAAUAUGAUCAUGAAGAAUGGAUAGAAAAUCGUUUAGAAAUUGAAACUGUUAUAUGGAAAAUUUGUGAUAUUAUGUCAGCAUUUGAUAAAUUUAAAAAAGAAAUGAAUAAAGCAGAGUUUCCUUUUGAUGUUAAUUCAGCUGAACAGGCAAUUGUCCAACAUUCAUCAGUUUCUAAAUUUAUACAAGAUGCCUCAAUGGAACAAAUUGAUAAUGAAAUUAAAAAAAUUUCACAUAAAAUAACUGGUGGUAUUAUAAAUUCACCAGAUGACGGGUAUAAUUCAUCUCUUUCAAUAUCAGCUAUAAAUCCAGAUCUUGCAGCUGUUAUUCCACAUCUAGGAAAAUUAUUAGAAACUUUAAGACAAAAUAAAGAUGAAAUUUUUAAAGAAUGGGAACAUAGAAGGAAAAGUUUAGAUCAUUGUUAUCAAUUAAAAUUAUUUGAACAGGAUGCUGAAAAAUUAUUUGAAUGGAUACGUAGUCAUUACAAUUUAACAGUCCAAAGAAUGACUGAUCUUGGAGAAAAUGAAGAAUUAGCAACAAUAUAUCUUCAAGAUCAUACAGAUUUUAAGAAAGCAGCUGAAAAUACAUAUGUUAGUGUAACUCAUAUUAUAACAGUAGCAAAAAGAUUAAAAGAACAAGGGCAUGUUAAUAAAAAUAAAAUUGAAAAUAUUGCCAAAAGAUUAGAGGAAGAGUGGAAAUUAUUUGAACAAAGAAUUGAACAACGCCUAACAUUACUACAAUUAUCUGUUUCAUUUCAUAAACGCGCAAAUUUUUAUUUAUCUAAUUCUAAUUCUUGGAAAAGUAAUAUAGGUGUUGAUCCAUCUAAUUUUAUUGAUGCUCCAUCAGAUAAACUAGAAAUUGCAAUUGCUGAGCAUGAAAAAUUUGGUGACAAAAUUAAUCAGGCAUAUGCAGAGGCUAUUGCUGACGGUCGGUCAUUGUCAAAUCAGUUAAAAGCUACUUGUAGAUCAUCUCCAGAACUUUCAGGACAACUAGGAUCUUCUCAAUUAAUUGAAGAAAUGAAUCAACAAAUAACAAAAGUACACAAAGAAAUUCAUUUAACAUGGCAUAAAAGAAAAGUUAAACUUCAUGCUCGACUUGCUAUGUUAGCAUUUAAAAAUGAUAUUCAAUUGGUUAUUUCAUGGCUUGAACAACAUGGAGAACCAUAUUUAGGAAAAAAUAUAGCUAUUGGAGAAAAUUUACAAGCAUCUAAAUCAUUAUUAAAAAAUCAUCAACAUUUUAAGACUGUUGCCAGUAAUACAUAUUCUAAUGCACAAAAAAUAUUUAAGGCUAGUCAAACAUUGAUGGAGAAUGGUGAAUGUGAUAUUAAAGAGAUGAAUAAUGUUGUUGAAAAUUUAAGGAAACGUUUAGAUAAAUUUAGUGAAAGAAUUGAAGCAAGGACAAUUCUUUUAAAUAAAGCAAUUCUUUUUUAUACACAUUUUAUGGAAUUAAUGCAAUGGUAUGAUAAACAAGAUCUUAAAUCAUCUUCAUAUGAAAUUGUUGAUAUAGAUGUUGAAAAGUGUGAAAAAAGGAGAGAUGAAUGGAUCAGAGAGACAGAAGCUACGGGUCAGGCUUGUGCAACAACCAUAACAGAAGGCCAACAGUUAAUAAAUUGUUUGUAUGAUCAAGCACAAUCUAUGAAUAUUGAGAACAAAGAUGUGAUUAAAUAUAUUGAAGUGUUAAUAGGACAAAUAAAACAAAGACAAAAUUUGUUAUCAGAAAGAUUUGGUAGACAAAGAACUUGCCUUCAAAUAGCAUUACGUAACGCAGUAUUAAUAUUAGAUUGUGAGCAAAUUCAAGUACAAUUGAUAAAUUGGAAAAAAGAUAUGUCUAAUUUGAUAACCUGUGAACCUGAUAAGGCUGAAAAUGUUUUACCAUUUCAUAAUGAAAAUACUUAUAAGGUAAAGAAGGCUGUUGCGGAGGUUAAAGCAACAGCAAAUGGAUUAUUACAGGUUAUUGAUAGUAAUGGUAUUAAUCUUCGUAAUGAAGUAAAUGAACCUAUUAGAGAUUUAAUUAUUAAUGCUGUUAAAAAAGUUAAAUUGUUAGAAGAUGAAGUUAUGCAAGCUAGUGCAAAUGUCUGUCAACGUAUGGAAAAUGCUAUUCAAAUUAAUAGAAUUCGUAUUGAUGCUAGUAGGACAAUACAAAUAAUGCAAAGAGAAGAAACUCAAUUAUUACGUAUGAAUAGGAUUCCUCAAAAUUUUGAAGAAGCUGAAGCAUUCCAAGAACAACAUGAUAAUUUUCAAAGAGUAGUUGAAGAAAAGGUAAGACCUUCUACUAUUAAUUUUUGUCAAAGAGCACAAGGACUUCGUUCAAAUUUUAUAUCUGCUGAUGAGAAUGAACUUAUAAAUGCAAUGAUAAUGAAUGUAACAAGAAAAUGGAGUAGAUUAGUAUGUUUAAUUGAAGAAAGAUCAAAAUUACUUAAAAGUGCUGAUGCUUGUUAUAAAUCUCUCCAUCAAAAUGUACUUCCAAUACUUGAACAACUUGAACAUGAUUAUAAAUCAGAUCAAAAAGAUUUUUGUUCACUUAAACCUUAUGAUAAAAGGACAGAAUUAGCAAAAUUGAUUAGUGAAAAACUAGAAAAACAUGAACAAUGGAAGGAACGUUUUGUAAAAGGUAGUGCAUAUGCACAAAAAACAUCUGAAAAUUUUUUAAAAUAUAUUCGACGAUGUGGAGCACCUGAAGAUCAUAUUAAACAAAGAGAAGAAGAAAUAAAGAAUGUUAAAGAAAAUUUAAGAGAAAGACAAAGUCGUAUUUUGAAGAUGUGGAGUAAUAGAAAAAAGGCAUAUGAACAAUGUCAACAAGCAGUUCUUAUUCAAGCAACAGAACAAAGGAUCAGUCAAUGGUUACAAGACGAAGGGGAAACAUUUAUGGCUCAGUUACCUACUGUUAUUGCUUUGAAAAAUUCUCCACAUACUAAAGAACAAUUAGAAGCAUGGAAAGGUAAACUUUCUGAAUUUAAAAAAAUUCUUAAAAAUGAACGUGAACAAGUUAAAACAUUUUUAUCAGCAGCGGAAGGAUAUCUUAAAAAUGGAAUUAAUGAUAUUCAUUCAUCAACAACUGAAAGAGCAAUUCAAAAAGUUAAGGAAAAUUUUAGUUCCUUCUGCCAACGAAUGCAGGAAAUUGAAUUACAAAUUUUGACAUCAUUAGGAAAUCAAAGAAAUUCAGGAACCAAAAAUGAAUUUUCAUUAGAUAGAGUAUCUGACUCAAGUUUAGAUGAAAAAAUUCAAAAACGUACUUCAAGUGGUAUUGUUGAUGCUAAACUUAUGGAACCAAUGAAAGAAUUAUUAAAAUCUGAACGUGAUUAUGUAGUAGAUUUAGAAACUUGUUUCAAUGUUUAUAUUAAAACUUACCGUGCUUCUACAUCAAGUUUACCUGGAUCAUUAAAAGGAAAAGAAAAAGAAAUAUUUGGAAAUAUUGAGGCAUUGAAAGUUUUUCAUUCAGAAAUAUUUAUGAAAGAACUUGAAAAAUAUGAAGAAAAUCCAGAAGAAGUAGGUAACAGUUUUAUAACAUGGAUGGAUAAAUUAAAUGAAUUAUAUACAACUUAUUGUGUUAAUAAAGAACAAAAUAAUCACAUAAUAAGUAUGCAAGAAUGCCUACUAUUCUUUAAUGAAGUACGACAACGUCAUUCACUUGAACAUAAUAAAGAUCUUCAAAGCAUGGUUAUUAAACCUGUUCAAAGAAUUACAAGAUAUAGACUUAUGUUAGAACAAUUAUUAAGAAAUGCUAAAUCUAAUAUUGAUGAAAUUAAAGAAGCAUAUGAUGUUGUUGUUGAUGUACCAAGAAAGGCAAAUGAUAUGAUACAUUUAAAAAGACUGGAAGGAUAUGAUGAAGAUGAUGUUACAAUGGGUGAAUUUGUUAUGCAAGAAACUUUCCUUGUUUCUGAUAAUAAACAUCUAUUUAAAAAAGCCAGAGAACGUCAAGUUUUUCUAUUUGAAUUAUGUAUUAUUUUUGCAAAGAAAAUAGAAGUUACUCCAAAAAUUCAUAAAUAUGUUACUAAAGAUAAAUUGAUGUUAGCGGAUGUUUCAAUACGUGAACAUGUUGAGGGUGAUAUAUGUAAAUUUUCACUUAGAAUGGGUAAUUUACCAAACUCAGAUAUGUCAAUUGAUUUAAAAUCAAAGACAGAAAAAUCAAAAAUGAUUUGGAUAAAAAGGAUACGUGAUUUGAUGCAAGGACUUCUUCAAUAUAAUAUAGGUCUUUCAACUAUGAAUAAUGAUUCAGAUUCAAAACGAAGUAGUAGAACAAGUGCUGUAUCUAAAGAUUCUGCCGAACUUGCACUGCCACCAACUGAUACAAUUACAGAAGGUAAUCAUAAAACAAUUUCUGAAAGAUUACAAGUUAAACAAAUUGGUAAUUUUGAGGAAUACAAACAAAAUGAAGAAAAUAAUACAACGACAUCUGAUCUCAAUAACACAUUAACAAAUGAUAAUAUAUUAUCACCAACUAAAAAAGUAUUAGAAAAUGUUGUUACAACAGAAGAUGUUGAAAAAGCAGUGCCAAAAUUGUAUGAUAUCUUGUCUACAGUAAGCUUUAAUGAUGAAUAG